AAGGGCACAGAACUGGGACUACUCCUGCACACACUGUGUAUUUCCCCACUGCUGAAGAGCUCAUCCCAGUGCUCUGCAUUAUGGAGGCUUGCAGUCAGUCCAGCAGUCAACAGAUGCUUUGGAAAGAUGUGGAGGGGGGCAAACACAAGAGGUUCCAGGGGUACCAGCGUCUGGCCCUCAUCCUGGCCACGCUCUUCCUGGUGCUGGCCCUGUGUGUGAUCAGCCUGCACUAUCUGUGGAGCCCCACGCCAGGGAGGGUGUAUGACCAACAGUACAAAGCCGUGGUGGAUGGGGUAGAGACUGACAGCGUGAUGGAGAUUGACCCGGGCCGGCGCAUUGAAAUCUUCCGAAUGGGCAACGGCAGUGAAGAAGUAGUUGAGGUGCACGACUUCAAACAUGGAAUUACUGGGAUCCGGUUUGCCAAACAUCAGAAGUGCUACAUCAGGACCCAAAGCAGGAGGCUUCCCCAGGUGACAGAGAUGGAGGCAGAGGACACGCAGUCACUGGCGCAGCAGGCAGCUGAUGGUGCACAUGUGGAGGUGGUGCAGGACUCCAGAGUGUGGGUCCCUGCCGAGGAGCCCAUCAUUAACCCAGCCUUCCUCUUCGACUCCAAGAUCUGGGAGAUUUGCCAGGAGCUGCCCAUCCACUGGAUCCACCCCACCCCUCUAAGUGAUGCUGAGAUGCUGGAGGUGGACACACCUGAUGCAGAGGUCAUAGGUCAGCGGGUCGCCCGUGAUGUCCUGAACCACGUUCCUGUAAAUGACUAUAGGGAUGUCGGCAUCGAGCUGGAUAACCGCUUGGAUGACCUCGGCUACUGCUGCCAGCACUGUCGCCGUGGUUACCGCUACUGCCGCCGCUACCACGAGCCGCUGGGUGGUUUCAACCCGUGGCCUUACUACUACCAGGGAGGCCGCACCAUCUGUCAAAUUGUCAUGCCGUGCAACUGGUGGAUCGCCCGCAUGCUUGGACGAAUCUGAGAGGGAAAGGCCUGUUUUGUCCCUUUAUAUAGGCGGGAUAGUGCAUUGGUUUGAUAAAUAUUUCAGGCCACUUGUGUGAGUAAAGCAGUCCAUUGCACGCAAUUAUUUCCCAAUCAGAAAGUUGGCCCAUUGAGCAUUACUCAGUCUAAAUAGUUUAAUUAGGACUUCAAGAUUUCAGAAUUUUUAAAAAGGCAAAGCUAUUUACCAUGGGCUCUUUUUGGUUCGUUUAUCAACUGUCAGCCUCUCAAAUCCCACUUGAAUUAUAGUUUAAAAUGGUCACAUAAAGCACUGUCUUAUACAUUUUGCAUCAAACUGAUCCUAUUUAACUUUUUUGUACAAUCAUCCCAUUAUUAUCUUUUAUAUCAAAGAGCAUGGCUUAUAUGAAAUUAUAUGUUCCUAUCUUUUAUGUAUUUUUUUCUCAGUGUGUCUGUCUACACACUGUUUUACCAAUUUUGUUUGUAUGUCCAUUUAUAUUCAGAAUAUAAUACAUCAUACCCUACACCAUAGGAAUCCAUUGGAAUGCAUUGGCAGACAUUGCACUGAUCAAGCAUAACAUUAUGACCACUUAAGUGAUGGUCAUUACAUGCUACAUAACUUGAUUUGGAGACCCAUACACACCAAACUGUGAACUACGUUACUAAUCAUUAUAUUUUUAUAUCAUCUUACAAAAUACUGACCUGUAUUAGCUGGUGCUUAAUGAUGAGAUACCUGCAAGUGAACAUAAUGUCAUGCCACAUUAGUCAUUUCAUUCUAGUGAAUUAAGAUGGCUAGCUUGUCUAAUAUAGGCUAGUCUCUAGCUUGAAGAAGGCAUAAGAAACAGUGAUAUAGAUUUGACCAAAAUGUAUCUAUGUUUGUACAAUGUCUGUGUAAAUCUUUAUCAGGAUUCAGUAUUAAAGAAGACAUAGCAGACAUAUUAUGCUUUUUGCUUUAAAUACUUAAUAAGUAAUUAGUAAUACAAUACAACACAGAUCAUUAUUUAACAUGAUUUCAUUUUUGAAAACUGGCUACAUAUAUUUUGUGAAUGAACACUAUAGUUAGUAUAAGGAAGUGGUUAUUAAGGGUAGAUGAAAACACACAUUUUCUGAACCCAAAAUUCAGAGCAAUGUAGGAUUACUCAAAUAUGCACGAAUCAGUCCAAACACAACUUUGAGGGAGCACUAUUAGAUUAUGAUUAAAAGCUCCUAAAAGUUCAUUUUACCAUCUUAAAUGUGGCUUACAUUGCAGUAGUAGCCUAUAUUGGACUGUCAUAAAAUUCAACUAGCCAAAGGCUAGUGUAACAGAAUUGGUUUGUAACCAGAGUGAAAAUAUAACUGUGUUUGUCUGGAUGGUUAAUCUCGAUAUUGAGCCUUGUUCUUUAGAUUGUACGUACCCACAUGUACAUGUUUUACUUGUGCACUUCAUUGUCAUUGGUGCAAAAUCUAUUAACUCACUUGUGUUUCUUCUUCUCUGAGAUGAUACAUUACAUUUUCAUCUGUCUGGCUCAAAUAAACUGUUUGCUGAAGAGCCAGCUCUGCAUUUAUAAUUGUUCUGUCAGGUGCAUAAACACUCUGGUGUAUUAAACGAACAGAACAGUACUUCUCUGUCACUUCGAAACCUUCCUGUACGUAUAUAUCUCUUUGUGAUACUUUCAAUUAAAAUUUCAUUGUAUCGAA